AUGAAUGCCGACCUCAAGUUGGAUGCCAUGGAAGUGCGUGUUGGCCCGGAUACCGAAGAGACCUUUGACGACGCCUUCUGGGACAGCUUGGACUGCGUCGUCAAUGCGCUCGACAACAUUCAGGCCCGGAUGUACGUGGACUCCCGGUGCGUCUGGUUUAGCAAGCCGCUCCUCGAGUCCGGGACGCUCGGGACAAAGGCCAACGUGCAGGUGGUGCUGCCCAAGAUGACGCAGUCCUACGGGGACUCCCAGGAUCCUCCGGAAGAGUCGAUCCCACUAUGCACUGUCAAGCACUUCCCGAACGCCAUCGAGCACACCAUCGAGUGGGCCCGGGAGGCAUUCGAGCAGCUGUUCGUGGAGACCCCACGCGAGGGCAACAGCUUCCUCGAAGAUCCGGAGUCGUACCUUCGGAAACUGCCGACGACGGGAUCCGGCACGUCGCAAGUGCAGCGCUUGCGCUCCCUCCAGCACAUGCUGGAUAAGCGCACGAUGGCCUUCGACGCGUGUGCCGAAUACGCGGUGAUGGAGUUCCAAGAGAAGUUCCACGACUCCAUCGUGCAGUUGCUCCACACCUUUCCGCUAGACCAUGUGACAUCUGAGGGUACGAAGUUCUGGAGUGGACCAAAGCGUCCGCCGGCGCCGAUCAAGUUCGACGCGAACGACGCUCUGCAUGUGGACUUCCUUCUCGCAGCUGCCAACCUAUAUGCUGCCAGCCUAGGCGUUCCCGAGAAUCGCGACCGCACAGCAGUGGCAAAAAUGGCGGCAGCUGUGAAGGUGCCUGACUUCAGGCCGCGAGAAAUGAAGAUCAAAGUCGACGACAAGGACACCAGCGGAGAAGCUUGCAUCGACGACGAUGCCCUUGCUCGGAAGCUGACGGCGGAGAUGUCCGAGAAGAUGAAGUCCCUCAAGGUGACACCGGAUCUUCGACCCGCUGAGUUCGAGAAGGAUGAUGACUCCAACUUCCACAUUCAGUUCAUUGCGGCUGCCGCGAACUUGCGGGCCCGGAAUUACAAAAUCCAGGAGGUGGACUUCCUCAAGGUCAAGAUGACAGCGGGGAAGAUCAUCCCUGCAAUAGCCACCACCACUGCCAUGGUGACCGGCUUGGUUAGCGGUUUGGAUUGGAUGGAAGAGCAUUCGGAGCUCCAGCUUGAGGCAUGA